AAAGAGAUAAGGCGAUGAGGCUACGUUAUGUUCUUGUGUCAUCUUACAUAGAUUUUUUGAAGUUCCAUAAAGUAACUGAAGUUAUUUCGUUUUCCGAUGUGUAAAACAAGAGAAAUAAGAACUGCCGUAGACUUUAGUGGCGCCAUCUUCAAUCAGUUGUACGAAAUUACUGAUCACGCGGCGCCAGACUUUUUAAACACAAACACGAUGAGCAACACAGCUGAUACUUUGAAGUUUUUGUUGUUUAUGGGCAAGCUGAAGGAUACGAAACGGACAGGUUGGGUACUCAGGGAUGUACCCGAGCCCGAGAGCAUUGCGGAUCACAUGUACAGGAUGGCCAUCAUGGCUAUGAUAAUAGGCAACCACACAGAUGCUGCAGUUGAUAAGGACAAGUGCAUAAGGAUGUCACUCGUGCACGACAUGGGAGAAUGCAUUGCGGGAGAUAUUACACCAGCGUGUGGCAUUAGCAAAGAGGAAAAAUUUAAGAGGGAACAGAAUGCCAUGCACACAUUGGGCCAUCUGGUGGACUCCGCAACUGGUGAAGAACUCAGGUCGCUGUGGAUGGAGUACGAAGGCCAGGACACACCGGAAGCGCGCCUUGUCAAGGACCUCGACCGGUUCGACAUGAUCCUGCAGGCUUACGACUACGAAGUCCAAAUGGUGAAACCCGGAAAGCUGCAGGAAUUCUUCGACAGCACCUACGGCAAGUUUGAAAACAGUGUUGUGAAAGAAUGGGUUGAAGAGCUCUACAAGAUGAGAUCUCAACUUCUACUGCAAGACACCCCAGAAGGUCCUGCUCAGAAAGCAUCUUGAAAUAUAUUUUUAAAAUCAUUUACUAUGUUUCUUUUGAGCCUAUUAAACGUACUGUACAUAUAUUUUA